AUGGCAGAUUCUGGAGACAGUGAUAGUGAUACGGAUAUACAUGUGUAUAAGCCUCAGAAAUCAAACAUAAUUGAAAGUGAUGAAGAAAGUUCAUCCGGUAGUUCUGAUGGUGAAUCUGAUAAAUGUCCAAUAUGUCUCACCCGACUAGGACAACAAGAUUUAGCUUCUCCAAAUUCUUGUUUACAUACAUUUUGUUUAAACUGUUUAACUGAAUGGGCAAAAAAUGCAAAGACGUGUCCCAUAGAUCGUUUGGAUUUUAAAUUCAUCAUUGUACGAAGUGUUGAUGGACAGUUACUACAAAAAAUUGAUAUAAGCCUUAAAAAUGAAGUAGAGAACCUCUCCACAAAUUUUGAAGACUUAACUUAUUGUGAGGUUUGCCAUUUAAGCCACCGGGAAGAUGAAAUGCUUUUGUGCGAUAUUUGUGACUGCGGGUAUCACAUGGAUUGCCUUAAUCCACCUAUUUAUACAGUGCCAUUAGAAGAAUGGUAUUGUCCUCAGUGUGAAGCAAGAGAAGAGCAAAGUGAUAAUGAUAUAGAUCGCGAAGAAGUGAUUGAUCUAUUAAAUGAUUUAAAUGAUGAUGAGCAAUUACCUAGACCAAGGCAGACAAGAAUACGAUUACAACAACGUUUGGUGCCAAGAACAAGAGCUAGCGAAAGAGUACGAAUGAAUACUCAACGACUGCGACAAAAUGCUACUGAAGGAGGUAUAUUACAAACAGCUUCUAAAGGGAAAAGGACAAAGAAAUAUUCAAAAAGAAAAGUCAGGGUUAAAAAGUGGAAGAAAAAAGGUAAUAAACCUGUAAGAAAAAAGAAUACUCAAUUAGCUGAAAGAUUAGGGAUGUGUUCAUCGAGAUCGAGUAGAAAUUCUUUUGGCGAUAAUAACUCAUUGGGUACUUCGUCAAGUUUUGUAGAUCAUACAUCAUUAAGUAUAUUUGGAAAUCCUCAUGAAUUUGACUAUGUUUCUGUAGAGUCCGAUGAAGAACGUGACCUAGGUGGUGAUGGACCUUUAAAUAUGUCAGUAAUGUCUCGAAUACGUAUUUCAACAACAGAUUUGAUCUCUCGGAAAGAAAUUAGUGAAAUUUUACGUCGGCCUGUACGUAGAAAUAUUAACAUAACACAUAAUACUGAAUCGAUCAAUAUUUUGGACACUAUAUUGAAUGUACAAGAAAAACAGUUUAAAAAAAAAACUAUUGAAAGUGAAAUGCAGAAUGUUGAUAAACACAUCACUCAAGCUCCAAUGUAUUCAGAUCAUAGAACUGACAGGAACUCUGAUAAUGUUGGUAAUUAUUCAUCAAAUCGCAAUAAUAAUAGAAACUAUCCUAGAAACAAUGAUCAAUCAUACAAUAAUGCUGGAAAUUCAAGUUCAUAUGAAGAAUCUCAAUUGGCGAAUGAACCAAAUUUUAGUGAAAAUCAACCAGUCAAUCCUUUUCCUUUUAGAAACUCUGGUCCUAUCAAGUUUCGUAUGAACGUUACAAAAAUGGGUGAAAGGAAGCAGCCUCGGACCCCUCCUAAGGCAGUCACUACUGAAUACAAUGUAGAAGAAGAAAGUGGCCCUAGUACUCAGGUAGAAGAAACGUUUAAAGCACUCGAACCACCACCUGAUCCACCAGCUUUAUUGUUAGGUAUCAAUUUGGACGAUGAUGAUGCUGAUAAUCUUAUAAUAGACGAUAAAGAUUAUUAUGAUCCUGAAAAUCCUAGUGAUAAUGAUGAUGAAAUAGAGGUAGGCAGACAAACUGGAACUGCUUAUAUGCAAUCACCAACAUAUGGUGGUUACAUGGAACAAGUAGAGAACAGAUCUAUACCGCGUAUACCUAUUUCCAAUAGUAAUAAUAUAUUACGUCCAGAUGAUGAAGGAAUGUCUUCUGAAGAAGAUGAAAAGGAAACUAAUGAUGACUGUCCUAAUAUAUCAUUAUAUUCUUCUACUAGUCUUAAAAUAUCUAAUUCACCCAAAGAAUAUGGACCUUUUUUGGAAAAUGAAAAGGUCAAAAGUGAUAAAUUAAGCGGAGAUGCAGAAUUACAGUUUAUUCCUAUGCCACCUGUUAGUCCAGAAAUAGACUUGCUAUCUGAACAUGGAGAAACUAGUCCAAAAUCUGAUGAAGAUGAAUGUUUGGAAAGCAUUGAAGUUGAUGAUGAUACAAAAUUAUCUUCGCCAAAAACAGAUAAUAAAUGUGAAAUUAUUGAUGACUCUGAUGAAGAUGAAAAUAUAUCCAACUCUGGCGACGACGUGAUUGAUGUCAUUAAUGAGAUUCAUUCAGACAUGGAACGUGAGAGUAAAACAAAUAAAUCAUUGGAAAUGAAUCAAGAACCGGAUGUAAUAGACCUUGAACACGACGAUACUAUUGAACCUAUAAAUGAUGACAUAGCCAUAGAUCAAGAAAACUUAAAUUUAACUGGAGAUGCUACAUCUGAUGUAUCGUGUACUACAUUAAAUAGUUUAGAUACAGAUCAGCAGCAAAUAGAAGCUAGUAACUUAAAUUUUGAUCCAAUAUCAGAUUCCGAAGAUGAAAAGAAAAAAACUAAGAGUCGAUUAGAUAGAUCUAAUAGUAGUCAAAGGAAAGAUAAACUGUCAAAUGGUAAAAACGAGGUGGCAACUUGUGCACCCAAAGGAAACAAAGAUAAAGAUAAAGAUAACAAAAACAAGGUAAAAGAAAAAGAGUCUGAGAAAGAAUCUGUGCCAUGGAAAAAACUAUCAAAAAAUUCUAAAGAUAGAAACUAUCGUUAUGGAAAAGGAAAAGAAAAAUUAGGUGAAGAAACCAAUCGAAAAGAGAAAAAACAGAAAAGAAAAGAAAUAGAAUUGUAUGAUGUUCGAAAAGUACUUGAAGAAAGACCUAGACGCAAAAAAGAUAAAUUUGGAAGAGAUUUAUCUAAAUCUAGUCACAGUGAUUCAGACUCUAUUGACCGAAGUCGACGGAAGAAACGUAAAAGAAGUCGAUCUAAGCAGCGAAAACGGUCUAUUUCAUCUAGUAAGCCUAAAAGUCGCAAACAUUCUAGGAGCCGUUAUCGUAGUGAAUCUAAAAGUAGACAUUGUUCAAAAAGUAGACAUCGCUCUAAAAGUAGACAUCGUUCUAGAAGCAGACAUCGAUCAAGAAGCCUAAAACAUUUGGGAAAGUAUGAAAAGAAUCAAGCAAUUUCUAAAGAACGUUAUCGUUCUCCAGCUUUAUAUGAACAGCGUGAAGUGUCUCCAUUAUCAAAACGUCAAGCAAAAAAAUCAAAAGAAAUAGCAAGUAUUUACUCUAAAAUAGAAAAAGACUAUGAGAGGAAACUAUUGAAAAAUGAUAAAAUUUCUAAAAAAAAGCUCAAGAAAAAAUCCAAAGAUUAUCAGUUUUCAUCUCCAUCUCCAAGAUCAUUGUCACCUGGUAUGCCAGUGUGGCAAUCACCAAGAGACCACAUGAGCCCAUGGUCACAUACAGAUGUUUCUCGUACACCAUCACCUGCUUACACACGUCAUGCAGCAGAUAUAGAUAUGAAUUAUACAAAUAGAGAUCAAGAAUUUUCGGAGUAUAAUGACAACAUUGCAUUAAAUAAUUUAACAGUUAUAGUGAAAAAUGAUACCUCAAAAAAAUCGAAACUCUCUAAACGUCAUACCACUCGCCAAAUAGCCGUUCCACCUGUCAAAGAAGUAUUUGCUUCUGGGGACAAUAUAUUAGUUAGUGUUAAUUUCAACAAAGAUGCAACAUCCAAACAAAAUUCCCAAGAGCCAUUGAAACGUAAACGGCAAGAAACCUUACCAACAUUGAACCCCAAAAAAUCAAAAAAUACCAAUGCUGCGGCAGUGCCUGACACUACUUCGACAAAUCAAAAAACAUCCACCAAAAGAGCCCAAAACACAAAAUGGUUAAAUCGUAAGAGAGUUUCUAGAACAAUUGAAGUGAUCAAUGCUAAACCAGUUGCAAUCAUAGAUUUAAAUACUUCUCCAUUUAGAGAAAUAGAGAUGUCUCCAAAGUCCAUUAUUGUUUUAACAGACAGUGAUGAAGACAAACAAGUGACAAAAUCUGAGGCUAAGAAGGAUAGUAGUCCUGAAAAGUCUAAAGAAACUGUUAUUGUUGAACAACAAAAGCCUGUGGAGAAAAAUGAAAACAGUACCCAAACAAUAUCAACAAUCAUGAGCGGUGGCCCAAAAACUCCUCCAGAACCAACAAUCACCAUUUCUAAACCAGAUAACAUAUCUACUAACAGCUGUGAAUUCAAUAGUCAAGAUGAAGAUCACACUGAACCUCAUGAUGUACGAGGCCGAGGACCUAAUACACCUCCAGAACCUCCUCGGUCUAUAGAUACGGUUGUCAGCGAGACGGCGUAUGAUCCUUUUGAACCAACAAAAUCAAAUUCACCAAGCCCACCCCCGAGAAUUGAUAUGUUUGAAGAUGAUGAUGAUGAUGAUGACAACCAUAAUGAUACGUCUGCACAACCUUUAGAGGAAAACAAAACUACUGAUAGCCAAUCUUCUAUUUCACCCCAGAUAGUAGCUAAAAUUAUAACGCCACCGUUUUUAGAAUCCCAAAGUUCAACUCAAACAGAUAAAUCUCCAGAAAAACUUGCCACCACCACUACAAAUACAUUACUCUUUACUAGUAGUCCAGUAGCGGCCAAAACUCCUAGUCCUGUUCAACCCACGCCUACUGCCACUAACCCAGAUGAAAUAAUCGAUUUGGAUGACAAUGAGGACAGUCAAACGUCAGCAUUUGAUAACGGUGCUGAUUCACCUUACUCCCCUGGUGAAGGUUUUGUGGAUGAAAUGAAAGGUUCAUCACCGGACAGUCCUGUUCCUCAAACAAAGAAUGUUGUAUCUACGUCACAGAACCAAAACAAAGGUGAAGUGAGAAGUAAAUUGGACACUUUGCUCAGUAUAAUACCUCAAUCUAAACCUCCAAAUGUUUUUGAUAACAUAAUGAAAAUUAAGAACUUACAACCUCCUAAAUUUUCUUCCAAAUCAAAAUAUUCUAAACAUAAUACAUCUAAUGAUGACAGUGUUGAUGAUUUACCUGGAUCAGCAGUUGAAUUGGAAUCAAAAAAUAAGUUCUUGGAAAAGCUUAAUCGACAAGAACGUGUUAUUGAGGAAGUGAAACUAGUGUUAAAACCUCACUACAACAGAAAACAAAUAACAAAAGAACAGUACAAAGAUAUUAUGAGAAAAGCUGUGCCUAAAAUCUGUCACAACAAGAGUGGUGAGAUCAAUCCACAGAAAAUACAUAGUCUUAUUGACUUGUAUGUGAUUAAAUAUAGACACGCCCACAGAAAACAAGUACAACGGAUCCCAAACAAGUGA